UUCAUUUCGCUUCAUCGCAAGCUGAACUUUUCCUCCAGGACAGAGCAUUAACAGCGGGGAUAGUCAGUAUGAAUGUGGAGAUGGCCAUUCAAACGGUGGUGCACACUUUUCAGAAGUGGGCUGGAAGGGAUGGCCGUAUCAACAAGCAACAGUUCUCUCAUCUGCUUCAAAGCGAUCUUAGACACUACCUGACUGGCACAGGGUAUGGUGCACCAGAGCAAAGGUUUUGGGGACAUAUUAUGGGAAACAACUCCAAUGGGAAGAUGACCUUUGAAAAGUACCUGGAGUUUGUUCAAAUGCUUGCCUCACAAGUGAGAGAGGCAGGGUACUGACUGACAGUGUGCAACUGACAUCAUUUGAUGUCAUUUUAGGCUGCAUGAUGUCUAGAACACACAUUGAAAGUAACAGUUAGCCUACAUGUAAAUAAACUUGAUUUUUUAAAAGUGA